AUGUGCAAAGGUUCAUUUUCAGUUGACAAUACAACCGAUCAACCUACCAUUGAAGCAAAUAUGACGCUACAAUCACAAAAAUCUCAACGACCUAAACUUGGUUUACAACAAUUUCAUAUUAAAGAACCAUCAAGUAGACGUUUGAGACAAAGUGGAAUUUAUCGUAAUCCAGCAUUAACACAUGGCCAAAAAUUAUAUUUAUUAGAAAAAUGUCAUAUUUAUGAUAUNAAAGGACAGUGA